UUACCGCGUCCUUGAGUUCGUUUUCGUCAUUUCAGGUCUUCUGUUUCACGCUGGAGAUGAUGCUGGGUGUCCAUCCGCCCUGGAUAGCAAUCAUGACAAUCGAGCUUUGGCAAUGGGGUUGGAUUGACUUACGGGAUGUGAGGUAUGAGCAUCUAGAUCGGUGCCAAUACUGCGUCCCACAAAACCCUGUUAUUCUCCGAGUCUCAGGUUCUGCUGCAAUCGAUGCUAUAGAGGGCCCUGGUGUCAUGCGCACUGUUGUUGAGUCCUUGGAGCCUGGAAGCUCAGCCUUCGAGUACCACAACAUAUAGAGAUCCUUGUGCAAAAACACUCACGUGUGACGGAAUAAUUUGUGAAUCCCAGAUCCGUCAGAUCCGUUAUGCAGGGGAAGGUACACCAAUGAUUGUUUUUAUCAAGCAGGUCAGCACAUGCAUAUAAUGGCGCAUAUCGUAUCUUAAUAACCGCGACCCACGCAUUUCACAUGUCUCAUGGAGGACAAAUAA